AUGCCUCGAAAGUUCAUCACACAAGAGGUCAAAGACCAGAAUCGCGAGAGCCAACGGCGAUCGCGAGCCCGGCGCGCUGAAUUGAUAAAUGAUCUCAAGAAGCAAGUGCAAGAUUUUCAGCGGCAAGGCGCAUCUGCCUCUUCAGAAAUGCAGAGGGUGGCUCAGGCAGUGACACUUGAGAAUCAGCGUCUAAGAAGCCUGCUGAGCGUGCAUGGUGUAUCGCAGGAUGAGAUUGACCAGUUCAUCUCACCUCCUCCGGCCACUUCACCCGGAUCGCCAGAUGGAUUACUUGAGUCCGGUGCUUUGAGGUGCAAGGCCUGCGGCAGCACAUCCAUCAUGCUACAACAUCUACCGGCUGUAUUAUCACCACGACAACAUCAGAAUUAUCACACUUCGCCACAGAUUAUGAGCGAUUUUGCUCUCCCAUCACCUUCAAUUUCAUGCGACACUGCUGAGCUCUCCAGAAUGGAAAGUAAUACCGACAUGGGGGUCCCUCCAUCAGAAAUACUCAAGAAGCGAGAAAAUCUCAGAAAUCUCAGUCUCAAGAGGGCAGCAAACGUCAAUGCUGCGGAUCACGUUCAAACGAAGGCGACAGCCAACAUAGCAAAAAGCCUUUGGAAGAUGAACUUCAUCUCGCAACACCCCAUCCUCUUCCAAAUCCUACAGCACCCGAAGCGAUCAACCCUACCGACUCUAUGGAAACAUCUUGUGAUACGGCAGCAUCCAUUCUAG